AUGAUGCCAUCACAACGGAAAGUGGUUGCAACUCAUGCUAUUGAAAUUGAUUUGGCACAUGAAUUGGGAUUAAGAUUAAAGCAAUCUUAUGAGUUUCUUAGUAAGCAAGUUGGUGGAUAUGAUAAUCUUGGUUUUACCAAGCAAGAUCAUAAAAACUACUUACGCACUAAGCGACAGAGAGACAUGGAGCAUGGGGCAGUUGCUAACUUGGGAAGAUAUUUUAGUCGUCAACUUAAGGAAAAUCCUUUAUAUUAUUUCGCUACUCAAUUGGACUGUGAAGAGUUGAUUACUAAUAUCUUUUGGGCUGAUGCAAGAAUGAUCAUUGACUAUAGCCACUUCGAUGAUGUAAUAACGUUUGAUACAACGUAUAGUACAAAUAGAGAUGCAAGCCCACUUGGAGUAUUUUUGGGUCUCAAUCACCAUAGAAAAACUGUUGUAUUUGGAGGUGCACUGUUAUAUGAUGAAUCAAUUGAAUCUUUUGUAUGGUUAUUUGAGACCUUCUUAGAAGCAAUGUCUGAAAAGAAGCCAAUCACUAUUUUCACAGAUCAAGAUGCAGCAAUGUCAGCUGCAAUAAAAGUAGUCAUGCCUAAGACAUAUCAAGCAUUGUGUAGUUGGCAUAUGUGGCAGAAUGCUGAGAAACACUUAGGUCAUUUAUGCAAAAAUGAUUCUCAAUUUAACGUUGAUUUCUUAGCAUGUAUCUAUGAGUAUGACGGUGAAGAUGAGUUUCUUACAGCUUGGAAUGAAAUGCUAGAUAAAUACGAUGUUCAUGAAAAUAAAUGGCUAAUUGAUCUAUUUAAAUUGAAGGAAAAACGAGCCCAAGCAUAUGUUAAGAGAACUUUCACUGCAGGAAUGAAGACAACCCAGCUUAGUGAGAGUUUCAAUGCUAACUUGAAGGAUUGCUUGCAUACUGAUCUCAAUAUAGUAGAGUUUUUCACUCAUUUUGAAAUAGUUGUCAAUCAAAAGCGGGAUAAGGAGUUAGAAGCAGGAUACAACUCUAGACAGAAAUUUCCAAGAUUGAAGCUUAAAAGCUCUCCUAUGCUUAACCAAGUAGCAAUAGUGUACACGCCUAAGUUGUUUGAUUUAUUUCAGAUAGAAGUUGAAGAGGAAAUAUAUGCACAUGACGUCAUGGCACAAAACAAAACUGAGGAUAUCUCUUCUGGAAAUAUUACUAGUUUUACACAACUUUUAAUGUCGGCUUCUACAAGUUCUGCAUCACAUCAAGGAGGCUCAUCAGCAAGUGUUGCAUUAGCAUCACAUUUAGAGAGUAUAUCAAGUGUUGUAGGCUCCAACGACAAAAUUAAUGGUGCAGGAGGUCUCUUGACUCAAGGAAGUGUUGCAAGUGGAGGUCCCUUGACUCAAGAAAGUUUUACAAGUGGAUGGAAUGAGAUGGUUCAUAAAGUCAAGCCAUUUUUCUAG